CACUACCUGCAGCACAAGCCUCUCUAUUGGCCCGGCUUCCAGGGUCUUGUCUCCAACCCCAUGGCGUGGAGAGACCGCCUGCAAUCCAAGUUUAUAUUUACUUUGAGCAACGGCGCGCUGAGCGCGUGUGCGGCGCAGGGCGGACUUGACAAGGAUGGCAAGAAGAAGCACACACGACCCACCUUCAGUGGGCAGCAGAUCUUCGCGCUGGAGAAGACAUUAUAUUAUACUAAGUGAUACCUCGCUGGGGUGAGCAGAGCUGUUGUGGGGCACUCGAAACAAAAAACUGAAGGCCAAAUACAAGUAUGGUUCCAAAACAGAAGAACGAAAUGGAGGAAAAAGCACGCCGCUGAAAUGGCGACGGCAAAACGCAAACAGGAGGAGCUGGGCGAGGAGUGCGAGGGGGAGGAGGGCGGCGAGGGGGAGGGCUGCAGCGACGACGAUGACCCGAAGCGGCCGCGUCUCGACCUCUUGCAUCACAUACAUCACCGACAGUGACAGCGUUCACCUGCGCCGCGCAGUGAGGUGCAUCGAUUGCAAAAUAUCGAUACCAAAAUCGAUUACGAUAAUCGAUAUUAUCCGGGAGUUCCGAGCGAGCCGUGCGACCUGUCGUGGCCAGUGCGGGUGGCCAGUUGUGAGGGAGACGCGACCGCCGCCUCUGUAGACAGUGAACGUGACUUUAAUGACGAAGACAGUCAGCCGAUUAAUUACGCGUAUUACCAUUUUUAGCAUAUUCCAGUGAAGUUUCGCUUUUAUUGUCGAUCUAUAUUGGUGUCCCCAUCUUUUUGUUUAUAAAUUGACAUGAAUUUUAGUAUAACUGCGUCUAUAAAUGUAAUUAUUUUAAUUGUUGAUUGCGUUCCAAUAAUUUCCCUACAGUCCUGUUCAUCUGAGCGUCAGAAAGCUGUGUAAUGUAUAAGUGUGUAAAUAUAAGCAUAAGUAGUAAUGCCAUAUGUCUUAAGUAAAUUAUUGUAACUAGUUUUUACAUACAAAUAUAAUAAGUUUAUUGUACAUUUGAAUUAAAGAUUCCCGGUGCCAAUUUCCUACGAGUAAUCUGUACGCAUUUACCUAUUAUUUCUAGAAUUUUCCAGCUAAAGAGACGCAAAUGUAGGUGACAAUGUAUUACAUUAGUAUUUAUAUUUGUAAAUAUUGAAUUAAUGAAAAAACCCUAUUUGUUAAAGCGUACCGCAAUCUGAUGUAUAUUGUA